AGAGAGAGACAGAAAGGGAGAAAGAAAGAGAUUCCACCUCGACUGGGUGAAAGCUGAUGAUUGGCACAUCAUUGGUGUAUAUAUAAAGCCGGCACUUUAGGUGAGAUUGACAUAGGACUUUUAAGACUUACUGAGAAGACUACAUCUGUAAGAGCCAGAAGAGAGAUGCCAUACUCUGUAGUAAGAGGGUUCCUUAUCCUGUUAACCUGCUCAUUUGUUACCGUUUUUUCUAAAGCCACAAUAUGUUACGACUGCACCAGUUGGAACCCUUACUGUGCCAGUUCUGUUGAUUCACCAUUUCCUGAAGCUGUAGCAACAGUUGAGUGCAAUGUCACAAAAACAUGUUUUAUUCGCAAAGAGAAAGAUGGAAUGAUUUCACGUGGAUGUGCUGAUUGGUGGAUGUUUAGCUCCAUUGUUUCUGACUACCUUGGUUGCCAGGAACAAGUCCCGGCAUGGAUGAAGCCCCAGGAAUGGUGUUUCUGUGACACAGACCUCUGCAAUGGCCAGUCAAUGGCAGAUGUGAAGAAACUGAAUGGUGAAAUUCAUGAAUUCAAUCAGGAUGCAGAAAAUCCAGUUGAAAUGGUCAGUGAUGAGGAGGAGAUGGAGUCUGAAGAGGUUGAUGCUAUGGAACGCCAUGUACCUCACUCUUCAUCUUCUGUUACCACCAUUCUACCUUGGUGGUGGUGGUAUGUACACUGGUCAACUGAGAGACCCUACUGGAUGGAUGGGAAGGCUAAACACAACAGCAAUAACAACAACAACAACCGCAACAACAAACAGAAAAUAAAUGGUAUCAGAGGAAUUCGCACAAACGAGUUUGAGGACAGCCCAGUGAAAUCCCCUAAAACAACUCAGAAAGAAGGGUGGGGAAACAGCAAAACAACAAAGCAUUCUGAGCAUUGGGAGGCAGCCGCCGUCCCAACUGGAGCUUCAGCAGCAGAUAAGGUGCGAAAAGUAAAACCCAAAAGCAUCAAACAAGUGGACAAAAUUGCUGGAGGUAACAACUUAGAAGCUUCUAAAAAUGAAAUUGAAGAAACCUUAUCAGAUUUCUUCUGUUGGGAUUGCUAUGAUGACAACCCUUUGUGUGGAGAUGUUGUCCAGACUCCAGUCAGUUAUUAUGUGGGGCGUGUUGCUUGCCCCAUCACCCAGAAGUGCUUUAUCCGAAAGGACAACGGAGUGACUUAUCGGGGUUGUGCUGAUGGUUGGAAAGAUAGCAGUGUUGAUUACUUUUAUGUUGGCUGUCGGAACCAAACUAUUUGGGGUAGAAAUGUUGAGUGGUGCUUCUGUUCUUCCCCUCUCUGCAACUAUCAGUCAAUGGAAUCUUUAAGAAUGUCGCACCUACCGCUAGCUACAAAAAAUAAAUCAGAGAACCAAGAUCCACAGAAAAGUAAAGUGCAAUAAUUGAAAAGCGAAAAUAACUCAACUGAACUCAUAUUUACAUUUGUUAUCUAUUCCUCUGUAAAGCUUUAUACCAGUUCCAGACUCAUCAAAAGGAUAUAGAUGCUUCUUCAAUAUACACAAGUUUGGUGCAUCACUCUCUAAUGCAAUGCAACUAACAUGUAUUAACCAAAAUAUCCUUAUAUUAAUCAUAUCCAUGUAUUAACCAACUUUUACCAACCAUUAUAUAUAUAUAUAUAUAUAUAUAUAUAUAUAUAAAAU